CUCCUCUCUCAGUCGCUCUCGCCGGGGGCCACCGCACCGAAGGCGUCCGCGCGACGAGCCAGACCAGUCGCUACGCAAGAUGGCUGUAUGUCGCUGACGGGAGGCCGACAAACCGGACGGGGGUACAGACAGCCCGCGGAUAAGCGGAACAUGCGGCUACGUGACCGUCGGGCCCGUCCCUAAAGAGAGAGACACUGGCCAAGAAGCGAGAAGGGAAUGUGUGACAUGUUCAUCCAAACACAGCAGACGAGUAGCGUCAACGGCAGCAGCAGCAGCAGCAGCAGCAGCAGCAGUAACAACACCGUUCACCACCCCAGUAAGAAGCGCAAGUUGGAUUACAACGUGAGCCAGCCGGUGAUCCAGCACGCAUUGGUCCAAUCGACCAGCGACUAUAACCAAUUGGACAAUACCGGUCUGCAGCAACGGUACUCCGUGAACGGUGCUAAUACCGCGUUUAGCUCGCUGCACAACAAUAAUGCGCUGCAGAAGAGUAGCCCGAACCAGCAGACCCUGGUACGAGCCUCGACGAUCAAGCUCUUAGACACGUACCAACGCUGUGGCCAGAAGAGAAAAACUUGGUCGAGGGAAGGUAAUGGUGACGGCCUGGCAGUUCACUCCGCCAACGCGAAUGUGGUCGGCAGUACUGUAGUGUCGCAGCACCAUACCCAACAGCAACAGCAGCUGCAGCAACAACAGCAGCAACAGCACAGCAAGCAGGCAAGCAUGACGGCGCAUAGCAAGCAAGUGGCCAACGCGGCCAACGGCGGUGGCAGCAGCAAUCCCCAGGGCGACGGGGACUAUCAUUUGGUGCAGCACGAAGUUCUCUACUCCAUGACCAACCAGUAUGAGGUCCUCGAAUUUCUCGGCAGAGGUACUUUCGGGCAGGUCGUAAAAUGUUGGAAAAAAGGGACAAGCGACAUAGUAGCCAUCAAAAUUCUAAAGAACCAUCCAUCGUAUGCGCGCCAAGGUCAGAUUGAGGUCUCCAUCCUGUCUCGACUUAGUCAGGAAAAUGCGGAUGAGUUCAAUUUCGUGCGCGCCUACGAGUGCUUCCAGCACAAGUCGCAUACCUGCUUGGUAUUCGAAAUGCUGGAGCAAAACCUCUACGAUUUCUUGAAGCAGAAUAAAUUUUCGCCCCUACCUCUCAAAUACAUCAGGCCCAUUCUCCAACAAGUAUUGACCGCGCUAUUGAAACUGAAGCAAUUAGGAUUGAUACAUGCCGAUUUGAAACCGGAGAACAUUAUGCUGGUGGAUCCGAUGCGUCAGCCCUAUCGAGUGAAAGUCAUUGAUUUCGGAUCAGCCUCGCACGUGUCCAAAGCCGUCUGUAACACCUAUCUUCAAUCACGAUACUACCGCGCGCCCGAGAUCAUACUGGGACUUCCGUAUUGUGAAGCGAUAGAUAUGUGGUCGCUCGGCUGUGUGGUUGCGGAGUUGUUUCUGGGAUGGCCUUUAUACCCGGGCAGUUCCGAGUACGAUCAGAUUCGAUAUAUAAGUCAAACGCAGGGCCUACCGACGGAGCAUAUGCUGAACAACGCCAGCAAAACAACAAAAUUCUUUUACCGGGACAUGGACAGUACAUAUCCGUUUUGGCGAUUAAAGACACCAGAAGAACACGAGGCAGAGACUGGUAUCAAAUCCAAGGAAGCGAGAAAAUAUAUUUUUAAUUGCCUUGACGAUAUCGGUCAGGUUAAUGUACCGACUGAUUUGGACGGCGGACAACUCUUGCCAGAGAAAGCGGACAGGCGGGAGUUUAUUGAUCUCUUGAAGAGAAUGCUUACAAUGGACCAGGAGCGCCGUAUUACACCCGGCGAGGCACUGAACCAUGCGUUUGUUACUCUGGCGCAUCUAGUCGACUACGCGCAUUGUAACAACGUUAAAGCUUCCGUCCAAAUGAUGGAGGUUUGCAGGCGCGCGGGAGACUUCACUGCGAGUCCUGCACAUCAUCAGGCUCCGCCGGCGCCUCAGCCACCUCCACCAACGUCUUUAGUAGCCAAUUUUGUACCGACUACUAAUGGCAGUGCGGUGACUCUCACCUUCAACAACCAACUGUCUAAUCAAGUGCAGCGAUUAGUCAGAGAGCAUCGCACCGCGCAAACAGGAUAUGACAAUCUGUACCAAAUAUAUAGUAACAGUAGUCGACGGGCAACACAAUAUAGCGGUUCGUCCAGCGGAUCCAACAGCGGACGAAGUGGCGUUCACGAUUUUCCGCAUCAACUGGUACCUGGCAUAUUGUGUCCACCACACGGCUAUCAGACUAUGCCAAGUCCUGCGAAGCACGUGGUUGUUGCUCAACGGUUUGUUUCACAGCCCCCGCAAGCGCAACAAGCACCUCUGCAGAUACAAUCGUCCAUUAUAUCGCAGCAAGCUGUGGCCGCGGCGGCUGUAGCUGCCCAGCAGCAAUACGCUGCAGUUCCCGUGUCUAUGGUCGAGACUGGUCGGCAAAUGUUGCUUACCAAUGCUGUACAGACAUCUUGGCCCGGUGGAAGUCGUCAGAUGGCAGCAAUCGUACCAUCUGCGUGGCAGCAGUUGCCACCACAACAUAUUCAACAACCGCUGCUCAGCGAUACCGGGGAUUGGGGAAGGCCUCUCAUCGUCGACAGUUCUGCUAUUCUACAGAGGCCGGUAUUUCCUGUCACGGAAGUUUACAAUGCUAGCGCACUCGUCGAGCAUCCGUCGCAGAGCUGGGGCAAGCGCACCGUCACCAAACAUCAUCAGCAUCAUGUGACGGUACCUCAGCAGACUCAGCAUAGACAUGAACAUAAGAAAGAGACGCAGCAACUGAGUCCAGUGAAGAAACGAGUCAAGGAGAGCACGCCGCCAAGUAGCAUGCGACGACACUCGCCGAGCAGCCACUGGCAGGAGCAAUCGGUGCAAUCUCAUCAUCACAGUAGCAAACAUAGUAGUAGUCAUAACGUGGAGCAUCAGCCAGUCGCAUCCGUGCGACAGCAGACCAUCACGAUUGAUGACACGCCUUCGCCAGCCGUUUCCGUUAUCACGAUUAGUGAUAGUGAAGAUGAGGCACCUGGAAAAUGCUGUGGAGACCGUCAGUGCAGCGCCUGUCAAAGUUUGGCAACUCGCCUGUCGGGCGACGGACGUCCUGUCCGUGAAGAAGUCAUACGAAGCACUCAAUCGACGCCGCGCGUUGUACAGCCGAUGCAACACUCAACGCACGCGAACAGUCAGCAGCACGGGCAUGUGACGCAUAGCAGCUCGUCGUCACAUCGAACGCAACGCAAGAAUGUCAUUAGCUGUGUCACUGUUGGCGACAGCGACGGCGAAGCCAGCCCAAGCCGCACGCAUGCCCAUUUAUAUCUGCCGCAACACUCGCAGCAUCAGCAGACCACGCAGUUAAUUAAACACGAGCCGCAACAACAACAUCAUAUUAGCAGUAGCUCGGGAUAUUCCUCUCAGUCACAAAAGAAGCGGCUGUUGGCGAAGGUGCAAUCUGAAUGUAACAUGGUGAACGUUGCAACAAAGCCAGAGCCCGGUGUCGAGUACCUUGCUCCACAUCCGUGUCACGCGCCAGCUUGCAAAGAGCCACCGACCUAUCAGUAUGUGACUACGAGUAGUGCGCAUCCUCACCUCCAAGAGCAGCAUAUCGUGUACACGACCGGCACGGACAAACGAGUGUCCUGGCCUGGGAAGCGAGCCGAGUACAAGCAUGAAUAUGUUCAACCACCGGCUGCUCACUCGAGAGACCAUCAGAAGUGGGUGGUGGCCAAUCCUGUGCAUCAAUAUAGGCAGAGCCAGGUAGUAGGUACGGCAGCCCAUCCGGGUCAUACCCACAGUCAUCACGGGCAUCCGGCUCAUCUGAGUCCCGGCGGCAGUGGCGGUGGUAGGAGUCCCGCCGGCGGGCCUGUGAUAGGAAGUGCCCAGCACCUGGGACAGCCCCUCUACCAGGAAUACGCUCACGUGCGCUCGAGAGCCCACGCGGUGCCGCCUCCUGUGUACGUUACUGCGGCACCAUCGCAGGCUGCUACCGCUAUCCAGCAGCAACAAGUGCCCACGUAUCAGGGAUUCACACCCGGCUCGUCUCCAUUAACGUUAUAUGAUUCUAGUCGAGCGUUGCCACCGCCAGCUCAUCACAGCUCGGCCAGACCGUUACUGGCGAGUCACGCAGCACAUCCGUUGCCUGCGCAUAUGCAGCCUACAGCCGUUUACGGAUUGGCCCCGCUUUCGCCAGCCAAACACCAAUACCAACCUUCCAGUUUAUGGUUUACUGAAUAAAUUAUUCCCGUCGAGCCGUGGAUAAGAGUUGUGUACGAACAAAUAACUAACGAGUAAUUGUACGAUUUUCUGGGAACUUACGAGCCGCUCGUGCCAAUUCAGCGAACGUGUAAUCGAAUCAAAUGGAACGAUGAAAGUAAGGUGUCGUGCAGAUUUUCCUCGUUUUCGUGCGCUUGGCUAAUAAAGUGAGCGGGUAGGGAGCGUCCGAACCGCUGCGAUUUUGCGAAUAUGAUCAGUGGCACGAAAUACACACAACACAUACAUUCACGAUCGAACGAGUUUGCCGAAAAGAGCACAGAGAGCAGGGGUGCAUUAAGGCAAACAAAUUUUGACAAUCCGUCCUAUAUGUAAGCAGCGACCACUCCCUUCCGACCGCUCUCGUAGGAAACGAGACACGAGAUCACGGUCAGUGUAACUAGAUCUCUUUGUAUAUGUUUGUUACGUCUCUUGUGUAUCUGAAACAAUUCCAUCGUCUUACUGUGACGAUUUCAUAAGAAGGAAAGAAAUCGAAGGAGAAAGACUCCUACUUUGACACGCGAUUGUACGUGAACGGGGUACCGAUCGUGUACCGAACUUUCCCCAGGACGGAAAUGUGAAAAGUGAAAAUUUUUAUCAUUGAAAUUAUUGGAGAAAUUUUUCACGUUUCGCCCUAUCAAACACAUAUAUUAUACGAUUGGUAUCCUGAUUUCUCAAGUAGGCUACGUUCAGGGAGCGUGCUAUCAGCGCUGUUGCAUCACAUUUUAUUCUUAUUUCUAACGAGCAUAAAAAUAGGAUGAGCUCAAUAAUCCUGAUAGCGCGCUCCCGAACGAAGUCUCUCAUCUGGCACAUUUCUUUUUCCUUUUUUUUUCUUAAUUCAAAGAGACACAUGUAUCUCGAUGUACGCGGCAUGCUUUAAAUUUCGUAAGUUUCCAGAGACACCGAAGUUUUAUUACGGAAACGGUAGAGUUUAUAAGGACAUUGUACAGACCAAAAUUUUCUAUCGAAUUGUCCCGAUCUGCUUAAGGCCCAUACGUAUGGUUUCUCUCUCUCUCUCUAUUGUACAUACAUAUAUAUACAUAUAUCUAUAUAUAUAUAUGGAACUGAUAUGUGACUUAAACAGAUCGGGAACAUUAAUAUCGACGAUAGACGAUAUACGCAUGUAGUGGCAAUGUCGGGUCCACGUGCGCGUGGAAACUGUUAUUAACGAAACAUCCUUCAUAUGCGAUUUACAAUAGCGAUUUAAUUUAACCGCGUAGUGAGUCUGCAUUUCUUUAUGAUAUGUCGCAGGACAUAUCGCGCGCGAGUAUCUUGUUUUUAAUGCUCCUUAACAAAAUCAUUUUAGCGAAUUUAGGUUUCCCUUUUCCGUUGUUGUAGUAGUGUUCCUUUUUUUCUGUUCUUGCUCGUGGAAUUUUUCGAUUACAUUAAGAAUAUCGCUAAGGGAUGUAACGCUCUAUCUUUUACGAUAUUUUAUUCAUAACGGGCACUCAAGACUAACGAGGUAGCCACAUUAUUCUUUGUAGUUUGUAGCGUGUUAUUCAAGUAUACGUUAAUACACCGUACACACAUGUACACACACACGCGCGUGCGCGCGUGCCCGUGUACACGUAUACACGUACAUACGGCCACACGUAACAUUAUUUAGUUGUAUCGCAUAUUCCAAACUUCUUCGAGUAGGAUUAUUCGGGUUGUCGUAGGUAUAGGAGUAUACUCGUCAGAAAUAAGAAAGGAAUUUAGAAUUCGUGUCACGAAUUUAUUAAGGUGAUUGCACGACAUCCGAAUCGACAAAAAGCUUUGACGUGCCUUUUUUGGAACAGUCUCAUUAUUUAUUAUUCUUAGAUUAUUACUUUACAUCAUCGUCGAACUCAUCUUAUCAUUUUCAUCGCCAUCGUACUCGUUAUCAUCCCCAUUAUCAUUGUCAUUAGCUAGCCAUCAUUGUUCUUAUGUCUAAUAUAUUUCGUUCUAAAUUGUAUAAAUAACGUAUUACACAGAGAGGGCAAGCAUGCCUUAAGCUUUGAAACGCGAAAUUAUUAUUAAAAUUUCGAAAUAUUCAUAAAUUGUAUAUAAGUUUAACGACCUCAUGUGAAUAUAUAUAUAUUUUUUUUGCAUUAACGCUUUGCAUUUUGGCAAGAGAAACAUGUACGAAUCAAGAAUUACACUGCAUAAAUCGAUGAAAAAGAGAAAAAAGAAAUGAGAGCAAAUGAUGGUUUCUGUUUUCAGAGUACAGAGUAGAGUGAUCUCUUCCUGAAUGCUGGGGAGGGAAAGAGAGACAAGGAAAAGCAUUCUGUGAAAGAAAUGUAUGCCAAACAGCAAUAAAGUAUCAUAAUGGGUCUUACGAUAAAGAAUUUCUCGCGGAUAUCACAAACUCGCAUAUUUCAUUUUUCCGCGUAUAUAGAUGUAAUAAUAAUGAUACGUGGGAGGGAUGGGAGGGAGCGCAAUUCUAUUUAUAAAUAGUUUUCAUAAAACGAGGUUUUGCAAUUUACAUUUUUCUCGUUCAAUCAUGUUCUUCCUUAUUGCAUUUUCUGAACUACAAUCGACAUCUUACACAUCAAUGAUUUUUUCACACUAUCAUUCUCAGGCGGUAUAUGAUAGACGCGGUACGCACGUCAUUUUUUCAGGUACCGGCGUCGUUAUACGCAACUGCUAAUAUAUGUAUUUCGUGAUUUAAUGGAAAUAACGCUUAUAGGCAUUGUUUCGCUAAUUCUAUUAAUAUAAAUGUAUAGAAAGUUUGUAACGGUAAUAUUCGGCGUAUAUGGGAUUCAUUGCGGUAUGUUGUUUAGAGAGUGAUUCACGUCCAGAGUUUAAUUAGAGAUAUUUUACACGUAGAAUGUGAGUGGAAGGGAGAGCGAAAGCGUAAAAGCGAGAAAGAGAGUGAGUGAGUGAGUGAGAGAGAGAGAGAGAGAGAGGAGAAAAUUAUAGAACAUAGAUAUAUAAAGAUAUACAAGUGUAGUGUAGGUGUAAUGGAGUUUUAAACAUGUUACCGGUAUCAAUGAGAAGAGAGCCCUUUACGCGAUACAAUAAGUAAGCGACAAACGAUAUACAGCUGCAAUUUAACUAUAUUUAACUUAUAGAGCAGGGCCGUUACGGCUAUCGGGUCCAUGAUAGCCUCGCAAAUCUCUCGAGUGCCUUUAUAUCGAGAGGCAUCAGACGAAUCGACGUAAUCUAACGAUGCCGAACUUGCUUCGGCAAAAGCAAAACCCUAUAGACUUCUUCGUUUCUUCUUCUUCACUUCUUCUUCUUUUCUACAGUUACGCAGUUUAACUCCCCUUGUCUUAAGAUUGAGCGAUUUGCCCUUUCGUAUACGCAAUUAAUAUGUUUGUACACAUUGUACACGGAAGAAACAAACAAAAAAAAAGAAAUAUUUAACCAACUCGAUGUGCCUGUUUAACGAAUAAUCGUAUUUACACUGGGUAAUUAUAACUUGUAAUGGGGAAAAAAAGAAAGGGAUAGGUAGAGAGGGAAGUCCGUUCUUCUUUUUCUUCGACAUAGACUGAGCGCGCUAUGACGUAUCAGUAUGAAGCAUCGCAAUCAUCAUAAUCGAUUUGCUACGUGUUUGGUAUCCACUUCUCUCGGUUUCUCGGCAUAACGGAUCGGUCCGCGCCCGAAUUGUACAUAUACAUACAUUAACAUUACAUACAUGCUUCCACGUAUGACAGUAGAGAUACUCGCGUCGCAUUAUAAAAAU